GUCAUCCUCACUUCUUCAACCAGCUCUAUGCAGGCAUGGACCCUUAUUCACUAGUGGGCCGAUUCAUCACGGAAGCCAUCAACCCCAGUCUGUACACAUACGAGGUGGCUCCUGUGUUCCUACUGACAGAGGAGGCGGUACUGAAGAAGAUGAUUGAGAUCAUUGGAUGGCAGGAGGGAGGGGACGGCAUCUUCAGCCCAGGUGGCUCUGUGUCCAACAUGUAUGCUGUGAACGUGGCCAGGUACCACCACUGUCCUGAUGUCAAGGAGCUGGGUCUGUCUGCCUUGCCUAGACUGGUCAUGUUUACAUCUCAGGAGUGUCAUUACUCUGUUGCCAAAGCAGCAGCUUUCCUGGGGAUUGGCACCAACAAUGUUUAUGUGAUCCCGUCAGAUAAGAGAGGGAAGAUGAUUCCAGCUGAGUUUGAGAAACAAGUACAGAGAGCCAAAUAUGAGGGAGCGUUGCCCUUCAUGGUGAACGCCACAGCAGGAACCACCGUACUAGGGGCCUUCGACCCGCUGGAGGAGAUAGCUGACAUCUGUGAACGACACAAUCUAUGGAUGCACGUAGAUGCAUGUUGGGGAGGAGGAGCCUUGAUGUCUAAGAAACACAGAUACCUGCUACAGGGCAUCCACAGAGCCAACUCAGUAGCAUGGAAUCCUCACAAGAUGCUGAUGGCUGGUCUACAGUGCUGUGCAUUCAUGGUUCGGGACAAAAUGAAUCUUCUCCAGCGGUGUCACUCGGCCCAGGCCUCCUACCUCUUCCAGCAGGAUAAGUUCUAUGAUGUCAGCUAUGACACAGGAGACAAGUCCAUCCAGUGCAGCCGCAAGCCCGACGCCUUCAAGUUCUGGCUGAUGUGGAAAGCCAUCGGCACCAAGGGUCUGGAGGAGAGAGUGGACAGGGCCCUCGCUAUGGCCAGAUAUCUGGCAGAGGAGAUCAAGAAGAGAGAUGGAUUCCGUCUUGUGAUGGAGCCUGAGUACACCAAUGUCUGUUUCUGGUACAUUCCUCCCAGUCUGAGGGACAUGGCUGAUGGACCUGAGUUCUGGAAAAAGGUCCAUGCGGUGGCGCCAGUGGUUAAGGAGCGCAUGAUGAAGAAGGGUUCUAUGAUGGUAGGCUACCAGCCCCAUGGAGACAAGGCCAACUUCUUCAGACAGAUCAUCAUUAGCCCUCAGGUCAACAGAGAAGACAUGGACUUCCUGCUGGACCAAAUACACAGCCUGGGGAUGGACUUAUAAUAAAUAAUAAAAAUAAUAAUGACUUAUGAUCCCACGGAUAUGUCCCAAAUGGCACCCUAUUCCCCAUUAA